GGUCGUUGAUUUCGGUCAUUAUACGUCUGUCGCCAUUUAACAAUGCUCUGAUUACAGCAAUCCCUAAUCCUGUGUGAAUAGUAUACAUGCUCAAUGGUCACAGCCAUAUUUGCAUAUGAAACUGGUCGUUGAUUUCAGUCGUUAGGCACUGUAUUGUACUGUAUUGUUUAUAAGGGUGGGGGCACCUGCAGUCCGUUUAGGCUGAAGAUGUCACUUAGUUGAGUGAUGAAACGUAUCUGUCAAUAAAUGUUGUAUCCGGAUGAACUGAUUCAACCAUCUUCGAUUUAUUGAAUAUUAUUUUUUCUUUCUUUCUUUAAAUUCAUUGUUCAGAGCAACUGCACAUAAGUAUUGCAUUGCAAUGUAUGGACUGUGUGCAGUUGCUGCUCAUGACAAAGUUGCCGUUGAACCUGAAGUAGUUAUUUGCUGUCUGUGUUGCCUAUAUGCAGGCUCCAGGUAGACCCCAGUCUUCCCCCACUCCAGAGUGGUCCUUCAACUGGGAGACUAAAUGCACCUGGACCCGGGGUCUUGUGGGCAUGAAGUGGCUGGGCGAAUCCAAGAACAUGGUCCUAAAUGGCAGACGACACAGCAGCAAGUUUAGCAGUGACCACCCUGUGAACCAGAGCCGCUCUCAGCACCCACAGCGUGCAUCCCUGCGUCCCAGCAGCCGCAGAUGUAGCCGCCGAUAUCAUGGAUGUCAUGUUUUUGCAGGGUUUUCUGCGGCCACCCUGGAGGCAGAGAGGCGCUAUGUGCCCUCCUCUGGUAUGACCGCCAAAGAGCUGUGUGAGAAUGAUGACCUGACCACCAGCCUCAUACUGGACCCAUAUCUGGGUUUUCAGACUCACAAGAUGAACACCAGGUUUCGACCAAUCAAAGGCAGGCAAGAGGAGCUUAAAGAGAUCAUUGAGCGCUUUAAGAAACAUGACAACUUGGAGAAGGCUUUCAGAGCGCUGACAUCCGGGGACUGGUCACGCCACCAUUUCCUUCACAAGACAAAAGGCCAAGAGAAGCUUUUCAAACAGCAUGUGUUUGUCUACCUGCGGAUGUUUGCCACUGACAGUGGCUUUGAGAUUCUCCCCUGUAAUCGCUACUCAUCGGAACAGAACGGAGCUAAAAUAGUGGCAACGAAAGAGUGGAAGAGAAAUGAUAAGAUCGAGUAUCUGGUAGGCUGCAUUGCAGAGCUUUCAGAGAGUGAAGAGAACAUGUUGCUCCGCCACGGGGAGAACGACUUCAGCGUCAUGUACUCCACCCGAAAGAACUGCGCUCAGCUGUGGCUGGGCCCUGCUGCCUUCAUCAAUCACGAUUGUCGACCAAAUUGCAAGUUUGUGUCAACAGGACGAGACACCGCCUGUGUCAAGGUGCUGAGAGACAUCGAACCGGGAGAAGAAAUCUCUUGUUAUUAUGGAGAUGGAUUUUUUGGCGAAAACAAUGAAUUUUGUGAAUGCUAUACAUGCGAACGACGAGGCACCGGGGCUUUCAAAUCCAAAGCUGGCCUGCCAGUGGAGCUUCCAGUAAUCAACAGCAAGUACGGGUUAAGGGAAACGGACAAGCGGUUGAACAGGCUGAAGAAGCUUGGGGAGGGAAGCAGGAGCUCUGAUAAUCACUCUGUUGGCUCGCACACGGACGUAGACUCUCAGGAAAUGCCAAAAACUCAUCCAUCUGUAAGGAAAAGAACUUCCCCUGGCAUGAAGUUCAGUAAAACCAGGACUCCAACCAGACAGACUCUUUCCAGAGCAUUCACUUCUACCUCACCUUCUAAACAAGGUCACAUAAACAAUAACAGGGUACCAAAGAGACUCAAAUCCCAAGCCAAGCCUUCACUAAGUAAAGUCCAGUUGCGGAGCCGCAGGAAAGGGACAGAGCCCAAGGCCUCGGCCAAAGGAGGAGCUUGUCAGCUGGGUCUCAGGGACUCCAAGGUGUUGCUGUGUAAAAGCGUCACAGUUAAGAAGGAGAAAGAUGGACAGUUGGCACUGCAGCAAGCAGCGGGCCAGUCAGGUUGCCUGACCCGACACGCUGCCAAGGAGAACAGUGCUCUGCCGGGCUCGGCUUCCACUUACAGAACUCGCAGGGCCACCAGGACCCUGGGAAAAGCCCAGGAAUCUACAGCUGGGGUUAAGCUGGAACCCAGUGCUCUGGAGGGCCUAAGUCCUGUACCUGGUGGGGUGGUGAUUAAAACGGAACCAGCAGACAUGGAGGAGUACCUCCACCAUGGGCUGGGGCUAGGGCAGCCAGAGCUGGAGACAGGAUUCACCCAACAAGGAUCCUGCACCCGUCGCAAACGACUGACACGGCUCCGACCGGACAGGACGAUCAAAUGUGAGGACUCGUAUGGGAAGGCUGACUUUACAGACUGUGGUAAAAUGCUGCUCGGUUUCCCUGAUCGGCACAGGGACUAUAACGGGGUUGCCAACGGAAGCAAAGCCCUCCGAAGGGACAAGGGGAAGAAAAAGCGUCGGAUCACACGCUACGACGCCCAGCUGAUCCUGGAGAACAACACAGGGAUCCCCAAACUGACGCUCCGCAGGCGGAGGGACAGCAGCAGCAGCAAAACCAACGACCCUGGAGAGGCAAUCGGCUCCUCCAGUGUGUCCGCCCCCACAGUGAACCCUGCUUCCUCCAGUAAGAUCAGCAUCAAGCUCAGCAAAGACCACGAUAAGGACAAGGGCAGCUCAUACGUGGCCAAACUGAAUAAUGGCUUCAGUCCUGGAGUUCAUAACACUUCCACCAAGCUGAAGAUCCAGCUGAAGAGAGAGGAUGACGCCCGUAGAAUCUCACGUGCCAACGGAGACAAGGGUCAGGGUCUGGAGGUCCGUAAUGGCGGGCAUCGGACCCAGAAAGUCUUGGCAGAUUCUUCAUCAGAUGAGGACAAUGAAGAGGAGGGAGAGGAUGAUGACUACUUCGACAACGAGUUUGAGGAUGACUUCAUUCCGCUCCCGCCGGCAAAGAGACUGCGACUCAUCGUGGGGAAAGACUCUAUAGAUAUUGAUAUCUCCUCCAGGAGGAGAGAGGACCAGUCGCUGAGGCUCAAUGCCUAAAGCUGUGGAGCUGACCUCUCCACCUUUGUAAAUAAAGACCACCCACUAAUCAACUGUCAUGUUGAUGUAAAACAAGUACAUUAAUUUAAAACAAAAAAAUACUAUGAAAAAUGGAAAUGAAAAGUUUUUAACAGAAAGGGGCUGUUAACCUAAAACAAAUAUGUUGUUCACUCAGUUGUAUGCAUCAGCGAGUUUGUUGAUUUGAGUUUGUAUCUCUACCAGUGACCUCCAGUCAGUUGCUAUGGUGUUGUUACUUGUUCAUACCAUGCUAAAAACAAGGUGCAGCAGUUUGCUAGCAGUCCUUCAUGUUGUCUUUGGCUUGGUUCGUCUAGCAUUACCCUGUCAAGUGAAAUUAAGAGUUUAAGUUUAAGAAUUCCUUUUAAGUGAAUGCACUUGCUCUAUUCAUAACGGACAUGGAUAUUGUAGAAAGUGUACAGUAUGGUGACUCGCCCUGUCAUUUUGGCAGAUUUUUAUCAAGCUUUCUGGUUUUGUUUCUGUCUCAUAGCUUGUAAUUUGUAUUAACCAUACUUGGUGUAUGGGAAGGUUGGUCCAGAAAUCUCGCAUUAAGAUCAGGCAUUUUUUUUUCAGAUACGGAUACCAUGUUCUGAUUAUUUGGCCAGUUUCGUAGUAAAGCACCAUUGGGGCUCCAGUAAGUAAUUUUUCUGUUUGAUAAACUGUGCAGGUUCAACAUGUAUGAUGUUCAGGAAGACGUUCAGAUUUCACAUUCAGGUGUAUUAGAAAGCAAUGGAAUCCGACACUUGGUUUAGUCUUCUCCGUUGGCUCAAACGCUCGUGGAAGGAGAUUGGCUACCUUUAAAGUAGCACACUCAAUAUUCUCAAUAUUUUACAGUUGAAGGGUUGGCGGUAAGUAAAAAGGACCAAUUUGAAUUACUGGAGCUCAUCUUUGGAGAUGCCGCAUGAUGAUGACAUGGUAUCCGUGUCGGUGGUUCAAGUCUCUUCACACUCACGAUGUUGGCACUAUGUAUGUGAAGGUUGUCCGUUCGCUCUCUCUGUUAUUACCAAACCAGAAACAUAAUGUACAGAAAGACUGACGACUCAAGAACCAAAAGGCUUGGUUUCG